AUGGAUCAGUCAGCAGUUGAUAUCAAGAACAAGAAAUUUACUGCUCCUACACCUCAAAACACUCCUAUUAACACAGCUCCUAUUAACUCUCAAUUUAACCCUUCCAUCCCGGCUAUUACUGAAGAAAUGGAAACUAUUACCACAUCUGGCGCUGCUGCUAGCAACCCUGCUCUCAUGAGCAUGCUCCAAGGCAAAUUAGGUAACCUUAUGGGUGAGCCUCUCCCUGCUGCUGUUCAACGUCGUAUCAACGGUCUUAAGUAUCUCCAAAGCAAGCACACUGAGCUUGAAGGCAAGUUCCAAGAAGAAGUCUUGGCCUUAGAAAAGAAAUACCUCGAAUUGUACCGUCCUUACUACAACAAGCGUGCCGAGGUCAUUGCUGGUAAAUAUGAACCUACACAAGAAGAAGUGGCUAUUGGUGCCAAGGUAGACGAGGACAGUGACGAAGAGGAGGAGGAAGAGGAAGAGAAAAAGGUCGAAGAAGAAAAGGAUGAUGAAGAAGUGACUGGUAUUCCCGAGUUCUGGUUGACUGCUUUAAAGACACAUCCUCAAAUCAGUGAGACCAUCACAGAUGCCGAUUGUGAGCCUCUCAGCCAUCUCAUUGAUGUGCGUAUGACCUAUCUCGAAAAGCCCGGUUUCCAAUUGGAGUUUGAAUUCACCGAGAAUGAUUUCUUCACUGAUAAGGUCUUGACAAAGACCUAUCAUUACCAAGAUAACGUCAGCGGUGGUGAUUACGUCUAUGAUCAUGCUCUUGGUUGUGAUAUCCACUGGAAGGAAGGUAAAGAUUUGACCGUUACUGUCGAAACCAAGAAACAACGUCACAAGGGAACAAACAAGACUCGUGUCGUCAAGCGCACUGUCCCCGCUGAGACCUUCUUCAACUUCUUUAGUCCCCCUGUUCUCCCCGAAGACUCUGAGGAACUCGAGGAAGAGGAGGCUGAAGGUUUAGACGCCAAGUUGGAGGCUGAUUACGAAAUGGGUGAGGAGUUCAAGGAGAAAUUGAUCCCCCACGCCGUUGAUUUCUUUACCGGUAAGGCUCUUGAAUACGAGGAUUACGAGGAAGAGUCCGAUUUUGAAGACGACUUCUUGACUGAUGAAGAUGUCGAGGAGGACGAUGAUGAUGAGGAUGAUGAUGACGAGGAUGAUGAUGAUGCUCCUGCUAACAAGGCUGAAAACGCUCCCGAGUGUAAGCAAUCUUAA